GAACUCGUGCGCAGUCACUGCCACGGUCGCCCAUCCAGCGCCAGUCUUUAACGCAACCUCGCGCAGGACGCACGCGUGUCAAAAUAAGUCAUUAAUAAAAAGUGAUACGAUAUUAAAUUUCGAAUGACAUAAAAUAGUGCUGUGUUGUGACGUAAUAACGAACAAGUUUUAUUUCUGUCUACCAUUAAAAUAGAGCGUCAAGAUGAACACGUUUGUACUACUAUUCGGGUUAUCAAUUUGUAUGGUCGGCGUCUACGCGAGGCACAUAGAAGAUCAUAUCAGUGAUUCUGCAUCAUUGUCACCAGAGCAGAACGAUGGAAUUAGGAAGCAUGGUUCAGAGUCGCGCCAUCGCCGAAGGAGGUGGCAAAUGAACUAUGGAUACGACUAUUCUCUACCACCAACACAUUCUUAUUACCCGGAGCGAAGGGAAUACGAUAAUCGCAAUCAGCAGCAAGAUCUUUUACCACAGAUAGUGAAAUUACUCGAAGAAAUUGCGACUUACGUCAAAAGGCCAGCAGCUCCGGCAGCGCCGCAGCCUGUCUACAUUCCCUACCCUGUACCCUACCUAGUACCCCAAUACGGUUCUUGUUCAGACAACGCCACCAAGAAACCAUCGAUUCACACCAGAUUCCCUGAAAUGGAAGACACGAAUCAAAAUUGGGGAUUUGUCACUAACAAAGACGAUGACACGGAUGAUUUAAGUGAUGCUGGCAGACCGAUCUCAUUCGAACCUCUCAAACCUCUGCGACCAAUGAAACGACCCUCGCCGAAGGUAGAACAUGGCAGUAGCCAGGCAGAUAGCAAGCAGCCUUCUACUCCGGCACCACAAUUCAAUGACCAGCCCGGCUCGUUGAGGACACCGAGCAUGUGUAACGCUGCUAUCCUCUCUUGCUGUGCUGACGAUAAGGCACAACAAAGAGUGUGCUUCAACGGAUUUGGAUGCGGUGUCUCAUACGAUAAUGGAAACGCUUGCAGCGACGAAUCAAUAUCAGCUGCCCUGGAAUCUUUUAAAUCAGCAUACUCGCCUGUGCAGUGAGUCUUUGUAACUAAAUUAUAUGAAAAGUAAUCAUUGUCAGUAUUGUCGCAACCGCGUCAGUGGUUUCUAUGUUAGAUGUUGUUGUAUUUGUUUAUGUUAACUUCCAAAGCCUACUGAUGUAUAAAAAAGCCUGUAAAAUAUGUGUUUUUGAUAUCAUUUUACUUCGUGAAGAAUUUGAGAAAGUCAGUUUUUAACAAAUAUUAUUUCAUUACAAUAUUUACUUCGGUCGACCAGUCACAGUGAUGCAUACGUAGUGUGUGUAUAUUACCAUGAAUUCAGGAACCUGUUACAGUUAAACGGUACGUUGACAUUGUGCUAAAUGUAUUUCAGAAAAUUCAAUGUAGCAGGUUCUUUUGUAAUGCCCCAUGUAUUCACAAGUAGCCUCGGACAAGUCUGGACGUAAGACCAUUUAUUUUCAAUUGGAACCAACUGAAUCAAUACUGAGUACAUUGGAAAUUGGAAUACAAAUAUUGAUAGAAAUGAUUCAUACUAUUUUGAAAUUAUUUUGAUGGCUAAUUUUUCUACAGCGUAUCCAAUUAUUUAUGUUAUAAGGAUCAAGCCAAACCACCUGUAAACAGUAAUUUUAACAUGUAACACAAUUUUAGUAUUUUUGUACUAAGAUACUUUUUUCGAUGCCAUAUUUAAUUAUCGUUCCUUUUGCUUGUGUAAAUACAUACUUAUCUAAUUAUUGUCUUAAAAGGUAUUGAGGACUGUUGCGCACUAUUCUGGACGAUCUUAGAACGUUUAGAUGUUGUCGAUAAUAAUGUUCUAUGUAAUAUGUCAAGUAAUUAUAUUCCUAUUCUUGUUAACCAGAGCAAUUCUAGAAGAGAAGUGGAUUUAAUUCUCUAAUAUUUCCGACCAAAUUGAUAACAAUCUAUCAAGGUUCUGUUAACAGAAGGCUUAGUAUGAGUUUGCUGCUUUAUGUUAAAAGAGAUUGAAACGAGAGCGCGUUCGGCGCUCUGAUUGGUUGGUUCAAUCGCGCCGGCCAAUUAGCUAUUUUUGUUUAACGUAAAACAAACUCGUACUAAGGAUACAGUUUAGUGUCUAACAGUCGAACAGCAUUUAUGUACGUCACUUAGAGAUUAAUUUGUUGUAGACUUAAUUUUAUUGGCAGCUGAGCAAUCGAAUAAGUGUUUCCUAGUCUGUAUUUUAGCAUUAGUAUGUAUAAGUAAUGAAUAAAAGAAUAACAACCA